AUGACCCGGUUGAUGUUGGGCCGGACUCUGGAGCGCAUCUGUAAAGGCGUCCUGCUGCUCUGCUUGCUCCACUUCAUCAUCAUGAUGAUCCUGUACUUCGACGUCUACUCCCAGCGUUUCGAUCUCUUCAGCCGUUUCAACAACGGCCGCAAUGGAUCCAGGAAUAAUGUUAGUGGAGCGGCAGGGAGUGGACAUCAUUUUUACUAUUACAACCUUUCAAGGCCUAAUGCAACAUUAGCCAGCUACAUGGCCACAGGUGAGCAGCUGGUGCCAAGCGUGCAGCCUGAGACCAACCAGACGCCUUCCCCGAAGCCGCUGCCUCCUUGCCCUGAGAACCCGCCUGGCCUGGUGGGACGUUUGUUGAUCGAGUUCAGCUCCCAGAUGACGAUGGAACGAGUGCAGAAAGAAAACCCCAAUGUGACGGAGGGAGGCCGCUACACCCCCCCUGACUGUCGGCCUCGAUGGAAGGUCGCCAUCAUCAUCCCGUUCCGUCACAGGGAAAACCACCUGAAGUACUGGCUCCACUACCUCCACCCUAUACUUAGACGUCAGAAGAUUGAUUACGGCAUCUACAUCAUCAACCAGCUGGGUGAGGAAACCUUCAAUCGUGCCAAGCUGUUGAAUGUUGGCUACACGGAGGCUCUGAAGGAAGCAGAAUAUGACUGCUUCAUCUUCAGCGAUGUGGACCUGAUCCCCAUGGACGACCGCAAUCUCUACCACUGCUAUGACCAGCCGAGACACUUUGCAAUUGCCAUGGACAAAUUUGGUUUCAGGCUGCCCUAUGCUGGCUACUUUGGAGGAGUUUCAGGCCUCAGUAAAAAACAGUUUCUGAAGAUCAAUGGCUUCCCAAAUGAGUACUGGGGCUGGGGAGGAGAGGACGACGACAUCUACAAUAGGAUCACUCUGAAUGGGAUGAAGGUGUCCAGGCCAGACGUUCGCAUCGGUCGCUACAGAAUGAUUAAGCAUGAGAGAGACAAACACAACGAGCCCAACCCUCAGAGAUUCAAUAAAAUUCAGAACACGAAGAACACAAUGAAGAAGGAUGGCAUCAGUUCUUUGACCUACAGAGUGGUUCAGGUCAAGAGGUACCCUCUCUACACAAAUAUCUCUGUGGAGAUCGGCAAACCACCACCUCGGCCUAUUAAGGGCUAA